CGGAUGUUCAUGGUGAAGCUUCCUCUAUUUGACCAAACCCUCCACUUUUUCUUGCAAGAAGAUAACUGUAAUGGCGUCCUCCGUGCCCGUAAAGAAUUUUAACCCUACCUAAACACGUGGCCGCCUGAGCUCACCCUGCUGUUGUCGCCACGCUUACUGACUGACUGACGGGGACAUGUGUCCUAGUCAAACACUACAACGAAAUAGGUUUAAGAAGAGAACUAAAACAGACUGCAACGGCCUGAGUUCAUGAUCAAAAAUCUUUUAUGAUCAUUUCAAGGAAGAUAGGAAUCAUCGGUGGGUCAGGUCUUGAUGAUCCAGAUAUUCUGGAAGGAAGAACAGAGCGUUAUGUUGACACACCAUAUGGAAAGCCCUCAGAUGCUUUGAUACUGGGAAAGAUUAAAAAUGUGGAAUGUGUGCUCCUCGCGAGACACGGGAGACAGCACACCAUAAUGCCGUCGAAUGUGAACUACCAGGCCAACAUCUGGGCUCUAAGAGAAGAGGGCUGCACUCAUCUGGUGGUAACCACGGCUUGUGGCUCCCUGAGGGAAGAGAUUCAGCCCGGUGACAUCGUCAUCAUAGAUCAGUUCAUCGACAGGACGACCAAGAGGCCUCAGACGCUGUAUGACGGGCAGCCCACCAGCCCACCGGGGGUCUGUCACAUCCCCAUGGCCGAGCCUUUUUGCAACAAAACCAGAGAGGUUCUGGUGGAGGUGGCGCGCAGUCUGGGUGUCAAGUGCCACGUGCGAGGGACCAUGCUGACCAUCGAAGGACCACGCUUCUCCUCUCGGGCAGAGAGCCUGAUGUUCAGACAGUGGGGCGCCGACGUGAUCAACAUGACCACCGUGCCGGAGGUGGUCCUCGCCAAAGAGGCCGGCCUGUGCUACGCCAGCAUCGCAAUGGCAACAGACUACGACUGUUGGAAGGAGCACGAAGAGGCGGUCUGUGUUGAUAAUGUCCUGAAGACGAUGAAGGAGAACGCAAACAAAGCCAGCAGCAUCCUGCUGACUGCAAUACCGCAGAUCAGCCAGAUGGACUGGACUCAAACCACCAAGAACUUAAAAAAUAUGGCUCAGUCUUCAGUAAUGCUACCGAAGCAUUGAGUGGGCGUAGAAGACAUGAAGCAGAAAAGAGGAAAAGGA